AUGCAGCUGGCAGUGGCUCUGCUCUGCCUCCUGAGCUUCUCCGGCGAGCUUUUGAUGCCCCUGUGUGAGGGGUGUGUGCAGGCCGAUAAGAGAGCGCUUCUGGACAUCUACAGCCAGCUCUCCACGCUGCCGCACAUCGACUGGGACUGGUCGGACUGGGACUGGGUUGACGGACAUUGCUGCCUGUGGCCGGGGGUGACCUGCAGCAACUCCCGCCCCGCCCGUGUGACGGGCCUCGAUCUUGGUGCAAACGUUCCUUCCCCGUGCCUCCUCAACGCUACUAUGUUCCUUCCCUUGCAAGAGCUGCAGACCCUGUCCCUGGAUCUAAAUAUCAAGGGAUGCAUACCUGGUGCAGGAUUUGAUGUGUGGUCAAAAUUGCGGAAACUAACAAGCCUUGAUCUAGCUGGAAAUAUCUUAAGUGACUACAGCAUCUCAUCCUUAGUUGCAGUUUCGUCACUACGGCGCCUGUUCAUCAGUUCAAAUGACUUGACCUCCCCCAUGGCGAUCCAACAUUUGAGUACAAUGAAGCUGGAUACCCUUGAUCUAAGCGAUAAUGCAUUCAACGGCACCUUACCAACAGGUAUUUGCAACAUGGAAAAUCUUGAAGAAUUACAUCUUCGUAGUAGUACGUUGUUUGGAGAGCUUCCAUCGUGCAUAGGGAAUCUUACUUCUCUCAGAAUUCUUGAUCUGUCAAAUAAUCUAUUUACGAUAAAGUUUCCCUCUCUUAGCUUUGCCCAUUUGACUUCAUUGGUGAAGCUUUCCCUCUCCAAUAACAAUCUUGAAGGAGUUCUCUUCCUAGGUUCCUUGUCAAACAGUAGCCAACUGACACAUCUGGAUCUUUCAAGCAGUGGUAACCAUUUUCAAGUGGAAACUGUGACUCCAACAAUGAGCCUGUCAGCUCAGCUCCAGGUUAUGAUACUGCCAAAUUGUAACCUUAAUGGCAAUCCUGCCGUUAUAUUAAGUUUCUUAUCGCACCAACAUGCAUUAGAAGCUGUUGAUAUCUCUAAUAACAACCUAAGCGGCCACUUCCCUUCAUGGUUGAUAGAGAAAAAUGUGAACCUGUCACAUCUAAAUCUGCAAGGCAACUCCUUUAGUGGAAGUGUUCUUCUUCCAUCCAAAGUACACGACAGUCUGUACUGGCUUGAUGCAUCUCAUAAUAGACUAAGCAAAUUACCUACGGGCAUCAACAUCACAUUCCCAAAUCUGUACUAUUUUUCCGCCUUUAAUGGAAGCAAGUCCAAUAUCCGUUCUUUGUUCCUGUCUGGCAACAAUUUCUAUGGUUCAUUCCCUCAAGGCAUACUAUUAGGUUCCAUCUACCAUCUACUACUCAACGAUAACCAAAUCACCGGGGAAAUCCCUGAUAAUAUAUGUCUUGGUCAGCAACUUACUUUGCUUGAUGUUAGCAGUAACAAGUUGACUGGAUCUCUCCCUACUUGCAUACAUGCACUCGAAAAUAUUGCCAUCUUGAAUCUAAGAGGCAAUUCAUUGGGUGGUUCGAUCCCGCUGAAAUUAUGCCACCUUAAAAAUCUUGUGUUCCUCGAUAUGUCAAAAAACAACCUUUCCGGUCCAGUGCAAUGCUUACCCAGUUUGCAGUAUCUUCACCUGAGUGAAAAUCGACUAAAUGGAACGUUCCCUUUCCCGUUGUCCUCGGGAACUGAUACAUACACAAUGGAUCUACGGCAGAACCAAUUCAGUGGAAUCCUUCCAGAAUUGAUGCACAAGUCCUUUCCAAAGCUAAAAAUAUUGUUGCUCGAAGGAAAUAUGUUUGAAGGACUGAUUCCAAAUGAUAUAUGUCACUUAAGGUAUUGGCGUCUACUAGAUCUGUCUCAUAAUAAGCUCUCUGGACAGCUACCUUCAUGCCUGAGCAAUAUGGGGUUAGAUGGUGAUUUGUAUAGCUUCCUAUACAAUGACUCAGAUACUUCAGUAGUAAUGAAUCACACCAAUGACUAUGAUAUUGGGAGCGUAGUAGGUAUUUCUCCCGUGCCUGAAUUUUUCAUAGGACCAGACCAAGAAGAAUUCAUGACCAAGAGCAGGCAAGACAAAUACAAGGGAAACAUCCUCAGUUACAUGUCUGGACUUGACGUCUCUUCAAACCAGUUGGAAGGAUACAUUCCUAAAAGUAUAGGUGACAUGAAAUGGUUACGGGCACUGAAUUUUUCCAACAACUGCUUUCAUGGACCAAUACCAGAUUCCUUGUCACAUUUAAGUAAUCUCGAGAGCUUGGAUCUGUCGCACAACAACUUGACAGGUCAAAUACCACAAGAGUUGGUAGAACUACAUUCUUUGGAGGUAUUCACUGUGGCGUACAAUAACUUGUCCGGCCCUACAUUGGGUAGAAACGGACAAUUCAUCACAUUUGAUGAGAGGAGCUAUGCAGGCGAUCCGUAUCUCUGCGGACCACCACUGCUGAAGAGUUGCUUUGAUGCACCGUCGAUUCUUCAGCCUGAAGAACAUGAAGAUGAUAGUAAACUUGCCAACCUGGCACUAUUCAGUUUUUCAGUGUUGUGCUACCUGAUUGGUUUCUGGACCUCCUUGGUUGUGCUUUAUUUCAAGAGAAGAUGGCGCUGGUCAUGGUUUUCAGCAGUGGACAGGCUUGGUGACAUUCUGAUGGUUAGGUCAGCUUUAUGCAUGAGAAGGUUUAACCGCACCGACUGACCCUUCUUGA